GUGUAAAGGAAAACUGUUCUUCGAGUCUUUCUGUCACUGUGGUUCUCUAGAGCAGAGAGCCUGAAGUGAAGCUAAGGCUCGUUGUCAUAUUUCAUAUUGAUGGCAGUCAGACAAGAGGGAUAAUAAAACGUCUCAAUAUGGGAGAUGAUGGCAUGGACUACAAUAUAGUUUUUCCGGAGCCCGAGAUCUCAGAGAGAUACUGGAGUGGAUCGAAGCAACCGGUUGUUAUCCUUUUAGGCUGGGCCGGAUGUCGAGACAAGCAUCUCUCAAAGUACAGCUCGAUUUAUAAUGAACAAGGAUGCGUGACCGUCCGCUAUACAGCCCCCUUGAAGACAGUGUUUAUCUCUGAAUCGUUUGGUUACAAGGAGCUCCGAAGCACGGCACACAAACUGCUUGAGAUCCUGUAUGACUACGAAGUAGAGAACAACCCGAUCUUCUUCCAUGUGUUCAGCAACGGUGGCUUCAUGCUUUAUCGCUACAUGGUGGAGCUCUUGCAAAGCCACAAGCAGUUCAGCUCACUGUAUGUGGUGGGUUCGGUGAUGGACAGCUCACCAGGGAGCCAGAAUGUCAUCGGUGCUCUACGAGCUCUCAAAACUACACUGGGCACAAAGGUCAACGUCCUGCUGCGCUGUCUCCUCUUGGCUCUGUUUGCUGUGGCCGUGUUCCUGCUAAGGGUCGUCUUAUACCCCGUGACCAAACACUUCCACAAGAACCACUACGACGCCAUGAUGGAGCGUCCGGCACCUUGGCCUCAGAUGUACCUCUACUCCAGAGCAGACCGAGUGAUCAGGUAUAGAGAUGUGGAGAAGAUGGUGAAAUCACUUCAGGAGAAAGGGGUGUUUGUUGAGAGCUUCGACUUCAUCACCCCGGCUCACGUCAGCCUGUUUCGAGACUGUCCUGACGAUUAUUCGAACAGGUGCCGGACUUUCCUGAAGAGCUGCAUGUCUAACUGUGAGGAGACGAUAAUGAAGAAACGGCUGUGAAUGUAUUACACUGAUUAUAUGAUCGGCUCGGGCGAUAGGGGGAAUAAAAAUCUCACCAUACUGAUACUUCAAGAUAUUGUCAAGAUGCAUAAUAUGCAUCGUAAUACUUACACACCAGCAGAAUAAUAAUGCAAUUAAAAGAUCUAAAUUCUAGAAAGGAAUUUAUCAUGAAAUAAAACGAUAACAUCCUGUUAAUUACGAUUAUCAACCAUGGAGCUGGUCAGUGUUAAAAAAAAUAUUAGCACAGUAUCUAAGAAAAUUGUAUUUUUGCUGUAAUUAAUGACACUAUUAAUAGUGUAUCGUCAUAUUGCCCAGACCUACCAUAUUGUGUUCUUACUUAAAUAUUUUAAGUGAUCUGAAACUACUGUAAAGUGUAUAAAUCCCCCUGUAUAAUUACUGACUGCCUUUAUAUAAGUUUAGAUAAGGUUUGCCUGAAUGGAGUGUUGCAUUCGGUAUUUGUCUAUUAAUGUGAAUUAAAAGCUUUUAAUUUAAGAUUAUUUUAAAUCUACUAAGCAUCCUUGAUCUGUUUAUAACUUAUGUGCCUUCCUGAAAUAAAGACCCAUUUCACUGGAGUAACAAUUUGGUAGUUGGUUAACGUGUGCUGUUUGGGAGUGCAAAGGUCUCACAUACACAAGGAAAUCUACCCAAAAUACCAUUAAAGUUA